AUGUCGCAAAUCCAUGCCAUGUCGGACGAUCAGGUCAACACGGAGCUCCGGAAGAUGACUGCCUUCAUUCGGCAGGAAGCACUGGAGAAGGCCCGUGAAAUCCAUCUCAAGGCGGACGAGGAGUUCAGCAUUGAGAAGUCCAAGCUUGUCCGGUCGGAAACAGCGCGCAUCGAUGAGCAAUAUAAGAAGAAGUUUACGCAGGCUGGCAUGAGCCAACAAAUCACAAAGUCUACUCUGGCCAACAAGACCAGACUGCGGAUUCUUAGCGCGAGACAAGAGCUCCUGGAUCAAUUGUUUGAAGACGCGAACAAGAAGCUUGGAGACACUGCGUCGAAAGACAAGAGCAAGUACGAAAAGGUCCUGAAGAAUUUGAUUUUGGAGGGACUCUAUGCGCUUGUCAACGAGAAGAAGGUGACCCUGCGGUGUCGAAAGAAGGAUGACGACGUGGUCAAGAAAGCUGCUGAGGGUGCCAAGGAGGAAUACAAGAAGGGCAUGAAGAGGGACAUUGAGAUCCAUGUGGAUGAGAAGGAGCGAGUCGCCGAGGGGUCGUAAGUCAAACCGCAAGCAAAGUCCAAAGGCUUGGGCAUUUUGUUAACAAUCUUGAACAGGGCCGGCGGCGUCAUCAUCCUGAACAGCACCGGCAAAAUCGACAUCAACAACACCUUCGAAGAGCGACUCCAUCUGCUCGAGGCAGACGGUCUUCCGGCCGUGCGAUUGACACUGUUCGGCGAGAACAAGAAUAGAAAGUUCAAGGAUUAG